AUGUCAGCCCCAACCCCAAUAUUUAUUUUCUCAAUCCUCCUUCUUCAACUCCUCUUUGCCUGGCAGCCAUCAGCAGCAGACGGCAGCCAGUGGCAAAUUCUACAAAAAAGCAUCGGUGUCUCAGCCAUGCACGUGCAACUCCUUAGAAACGACCGUGUGGUUGUGUUUGACAGAACUGAUUUUGGGCCUUCAAAUCUGCUAUUGCCAAAUCGGAAAUGCCGCAAUGACUCAACUGACACAGCUCUCAAAGUAGAUUGCACUGCUCAUUCUGUCGAGUACGAUGUUUUUUCUAAUAAGUUCAGGGCUCUCAUGGUCCAAUCCGACGUUUGGUGCUCUUCAGGCGCUGUCAUGCCUGAUGGUAAUUUGGUCCAAACCGGUGGUUUCAAUGACGGUGAACGUAGGGUCAGGGUUUUUAGCCCGUGCAGCACCUGCGAUUGGCAGGAAAUACCGAACGGCUUGGCAGCCAAAAGAUGGUAUGCCACCAACCAUAUCUUGCCAGAUGGAAGACAAAUUAUUGUCGGUGGUCGCAAACAAUUUAACUACGAGUUUGUUCCUAAAAACAUUGCCGCCAACACAUUCAAUUUGCCUUUCUUGGCUGAAACCAAUGACAAAGGAGUAGAGAACAAUCUCUACCCUUUUGUUUUCCUUAAUGUUGAUGGAAACUUAUUUAUUUUCGCUAACAAUCGAGCUAUUUUGCUUGAUUAUGUGAACAAUAAAGUUGUGAAGACGUAUCCGACUAUUCCUGGUGGCGAUCCUAGAAGCUAUCCAAGCACUGGCUCGGCUGUCUUGCUUCCAUUGAAGAACUUGACAGCGGCAGCUAUUCAAGCUGAAGUUUUGGUUUGUGGGGGUGCUCCUAAAGGAUCUUAUGUCGAAGCCAUAAAAGGUAAUUUCUUUGAAGCCUUGAACACUUGCGCCAGGAUCACAAUAACCGACCCCAAUCCACAGUGGGUAAUGGAGACUAUGCCUCUAGCCAGAGUUAUGGGUGACAUGAUAUUGCUUCCCAACGGCAACGUUUUGCUCAUCAACGGCGCAGGUUCCGGAUCAGCAGGAUGGGAAUUGGGACGGAACCCUGUUUUGAGUCCCGUACUGUACAUGCCUCAUAACAACAUUGGUUCACGGUUUGAGACACAAAACCCGACAACAAUUCCUCGGAUGUACCACUCCACAGCAGCAUUACUUCGUGAUGGCAGAGUUUUAGUUGGUGGAAGCAAUCCUCACGCGUUUUACAAUUUUACAGGGGUCCUAUUCCCUACCGAACUAAGCUUAGAGGCAUUCUCUCCAGCAUAUUUGGACGCAAAAUUCGACAAUUUGCGACCCACAAUCGUUGCUCCAAAGUCAAUGUCCAGGAUCACAUACAGGAAACAAUAUACGAUUCAAGUGAUGAUUACGGGAGGAGUGGCUGAAAAUUUGUUGUUUGUAACAAUGUUUGCACCAGCGUUCAAUACACAUUCAUUCUCUAUGAAUCAAAGGUUGCUUGUACUUGGUAAUGACAAAGUCACAGCUUUGGGGAACUCAAUAUAUAGCAUUGAGGUCACGAUGCCAGGUUCGGGUAACCUUGCGCCACCGGGGUUUUAUCUUUUAUUUGUGGUCCAUCAAGACAUUCCCAGCCAGGGCAUUUGGAUGAAGUUGCAGUAA